GCUUUGCGGCCCGACCAUGGCGGAGGAAGAGCGGGCGGGGAGCGGCGGCGGCGCCGGCCCCGGGCGGCCCCCGAGCCCCGCCGAGCUGGAGCGCGCAGAGGCGCUCAAGGCCCGCGCGAACGAGUUCUUCAAAGGGAAGGACUACGAGAACGCGGUGAAGUUCUACAGCAGCGCCAUCGAGCUGAACCCCGGCAACGCCAUCUACUACGGCAACCGCAGCCUGGCCUACCUGCGCACCGAGUGCUACGGCUACGCCCUGGCCGACGCCACGCGCGCCGUGCAGCUCGACGCCAAGUACGUCAAGGGCUACUACCGGCGCGCCGCCAGCAACAUGGCCCUGGGCAAGUUCAAGGCCGCCCUGCGCGACUACGAGACGGUGGUGAAGGUGAGGCCCAACGACAAGGACGCCAAGCUCAAGUACCAGGAGUGCCACCGCAUCGUCAAGCAGAAGGCCUUCGAGAGGGCCAUCGCCAGCGACGAGACCAAGCGCUCCGUGGUCGACUCCCUGGACAUCGAGAGCAUGACCAUCGAGGACGAGUACAGUGGCCCCAAGCUGGAGGACGGGAAGGUCACCUUGGCCUUCAUGAAGGAGCUCAUGCAGUGGUACAAGGACCAGAAGAAACUCCACAGGAAAUGUGCCUACCAGAUCCUGGUGCAGGUGAAGGAGGUGCUGGCCAAGCUCCCCACCUUGGUGGAGACAACGUUGAAGGAGACGGAGAAGGUGACGGUGUGCGGUGACACCCACGGGCAGUUCUACGACCUGCUCAACAUCUUCGAGCUCAACGGGCUGCCCUCCGAGACCAACCCUUACAUUUUCAACGGGGACUUCGUGGACCGCGGCUCCUUCUCGGUCGAGGUCAUCCUGACGCUCUUCGGCUUCAAGCUGCUCUACCCCGACCACUUCCACCUGCUCCGGGGGAACCACGAGACGGACAACAUGAACCAGAUCUACGGCUUCGAGGGGGAGGUGAAGGCCAAGUACACGGCGCAGAUGUUCGCCCUGUUCAGCGAGGUCUUCGAGUGGCUGCCCCUGGCCCAGUGCAUCAACGGCAAAGUGCUGAUCAUGCACGGGGUCUUCAGCGAGGACGGCGUCACCCUCGACGACAUCCGCAAGAUCGAGCGGAACCGGCAGCCCCCGGACUCAGGUCCCAUGUGUGACCUGCUCUGGUCGGACCCCCAGCCCCAGAACGGGCGCUCAGUGAGCAAGCGUGGCGUGAGCUGCCAGUUCGGGCCCGACGUCACCAAGCGCUUCCUGGAGCGGAACCAGCUCGAGCUCAUCAUCCGCAGCCACGAGGUCAAGGCCGAGGGCUACGAGGUGGCCCACGAUGGCCGCUGUGUCACCGUCUUCUCCGCCCCCAACUACUGUGACCAGAUGGGCAACAAGGGCUCGUACAUCCACCUGCGCGGCAGCGACCUGCGCCCCGACUUCCACCAGUUCACUGCAGUGCCUCACCCCAACGUCAAGCCCAUGAUGUACGCGAACACCCUCCUGCAGCUGGGCAUGAUGUGACCUCCGGCCCCC